GAGCAUAUACCCUCAGACGGAGAGAAAAUGAAUCAAUCCGAGCCAGAGUACAUAACUUCAGGCAGAGAGAAACCGAAUCUAUAUGCGAAUAAACAUAUACCCUCAGACAGAGAGAAACUUAAUCUCACCGAGCAAGAUAAUAUACCUUUAGGCGGAGAGAAACUAAAUCAAUCUGAACAAGAGUAUAUACCUUCAAACGGAGAGAAACUGAAUCAAUCCCAGCAAGAGCAUAUACCUUUAGGCGGAGAGAAAAUUAAUCAAUCCGUGCCAGAGUAUAUACCCCAAGGCAAAGAGAACAUGAAUCAAUCUGAGCAAGAACAUAUACCCUCAGACAGAGAGAAAAUUCAUCAAUCCGAGCCCAAGUAUAUACCUUCAAACGGAAAAAAAACUGAAUCAAUCACAGCAAGAGCAUAUAACUUUAGGCAGUGAGAAACUCAAUCAAUCCGAGCAAGAGAAUAUACCUUCAGACAGAGAGAAACCGAAUCUAUAUGCGCAAGAAAAUAUACCCUCAGACGGAGAGAAAAUGAAUCAAUCCGAGCAAGAGAAUAUACCUUCAGACAGAGAGAAACUGAAUCAAUCUGAAGAUCRGUACAUUCCUUCAGGCGAAGAGAAACUGAAUCAGUCUGAGCAAGAGCAUAUACCUUCAGGUGAAGAGAAAUUGAAUCAAUCCGAGCAAGAGACUAUACCUUUAGGCGGAGAGAAACUGAAUCAAUCUGAAGAUCAGUACAUUCCUUCAGGUGGAGAGAAACUGAAUCAGUCUGAGCAAGAGAAUAUACCUUCAGGCGAAGAGAAACUGAAUCUAUAUGAGCAAGACCAUAUACCCUCAGACGACGAGAAAAUGAAUCAAUCUGAGCCAGAGUAUAUACCCUCAGGUGGAGAGGAUCUGAAUCAAUCUAAGUCAGAGUAUAUACCCUCAUGUAGGGAGAAACUGAAUCAAUCUGAGCCAGAGGAUAUACCCUCAGGUGGAGAGAAACUGAAUCAAUCUGAGCCAGAGUGGAUUUCCUCAGAGGUUAUGUAUUCAAUGCACUCUAGGAUUCGAAUGACACCUGAACACACAUCUCUUAGAGAAAGUUCAGUAGAAAUAUCCAAAGCCGAAUAUUUGGCUCAAGGUAAGGUCUUCAAUGGGGAACUGGGAACUGAAGCUGUACCAGACAAAAUAGAAGGAGAGGAUGACCAGAACCUUUCUAUGCUGACUCAUGCAGACUUCACUGAAAGCCAUUCUAUCUACAGCAGUUUAAACAGCAGGCCUGAGAGUCAAACCAAUAUGAACAACUCGGAUAUAGAAGAGUCCAACAGCACAGAUGAUGAGUCUCCAAAUGCAAGCCAGUAUUUGCAACCUGCCAACGAAGCAAAUCUAACUGCAGAUCAGGAAGACUUGUUAGAUGUGGCGGUCUCUCACUAUGAGGAUUGCAAUGCUCUUAUAGAACAUUCUGCAGAGGAGGUCACUAGCUAUCAGGCAAGUCAUGAAUGUCUACAGACAGACAAAUGGGAAGUCUUAGAAAGUCCAAACAAACACCUGGAAUCUGGAGAUCCUUUUGCAGGUCACAAGAGAGACUCAGAGAGAUCAUCCAAAACUGACAGCAAAGGCCGGGACCGCCACAGCUUCCUCAGCUCUGGUGUACACAGCAACUUCUGGGGUUCCAAUCUGGAGACAGAAGCCCCCUAUCAACCAGAUGAGCCAUAUGACCAUGUGACCGAGCUACCCAAUCAGAACCUGGCCUUGGCUGAUAACCUAUCCUGGGUGGAUUUGGAAUCCACAAUCCACAAUCCACAAUCCAAUUGGAACACAAAGAUGGACAGUGACACACCUAAAGCUUCCACCCUUGAAGAAGAGGACAAACAGAUGCCCUCACAGGUGAAGCAGCUGGUGUGUAGAGAUGUGGUAGAGGGUGUGAAUGUUACUUCUGAAGGUUCUGAAGAUGAGGGAGACUCCAGGUCAUCUGGGGAAGAAUAGGAACAAUUUCAGCAUAGUUUCUAUAAGGAGUAAAGUAGAAGUAACAAGUGUUAUUGAGAGUGUAAUACUAUUUACACUUUACAGGCUUUGAAUAUGAGCAUUGAUUCACAUUGAUCCUUACAGUGAAAAGUAAAUGAAAGGAUUAUUUCAUCCAAACAUGAAUGUACUAUGUCACAGAAUGUCAUGACAAUUCAGUGCUCUCUGGAAUCCUUGGGAUGUUCCUACCCUAAACCCUAACCUUAACCCCUACCCUUACCUUAACCUUAACCCUAACUAUAACCAUGACCCUUACCUACACCAUUUAAAAUGUCAACUUCAAUGGGGUAGGGACGUCCCAAGGAUGCGAGAUAGCAUGGACCGUCAAAUAUUUAUGCUGUUUUCAAAAACCAAAGUUGUGCCUUGGUGCACACCCUGCUGACACUAACCACCAGUGUACCUACUCCAUUUCAAGAUAUUGAGGGCCAUUUUUGUAAGUUUUACAAAUUUAUGUUUGAAUAGCCAUGUUUCUAUUGUUUUUAUUUUAUUAAAUUUUUAUUUUAUUAUUUUUAUUACA